UAAAGGCGGUUCGAGUUCAUCGUUCCUCGAAUAUCACCGCAGCGUUGGGCCCGAUUUACCCUUCUGUUGUUUCUUUUCCACCAUUCACAAUGCGUUCUUCCGUCCAGUAUAUCUCGUUGGCAGGCCUCAUUGCCGCAGGCACAGUUUCUGCAGGCAUUGUCUCCAUCCCUCUUGAGAAGCGAUAUAUCAUCAAUGACCCUGCCCCUUCAUUGCUACGUCGUGAUGGCAGUAUUAGUCUCGAUGCGCUCAACAACAUCACUGGGGGUGGCUACUAUGCCGAGUUCAGCAUUGGCACGCCACCCCAGAAGCUGAGCUUCCUUCUCGAUACCGGCAGCAGUGAUACCUGGGUCAACUCGGUCAAGGCAGAUCUUUGCACAAGUCCAUCAGUACAGCAGACGGUUGGGGAAUACUGUUACAAGCAGUUUAAUCCGUCUAGUAGUUCAUCCUACAAGUCGAGUACAGAAGACUUCGACAUUAAAUACCUUGAUGGCCGCAGGAUACAGGGCACUUAUUUCAAGGAUACCGUUACCAUUAACGGUGCGAGUAUCAAGAGCCAGCAGCUCGGCUUGGCUCUUGUCUCUGUUCGAGGUACAGGCAUCAUGGGUCUCGGAUUCACAGACAACGUCGCGGCCGAUGUGAAGUAUCCUACCAUCAUCGACAACAUGGUAUCUCAAAAUGUCAUUCCCGUGCCGGCAUUCAGUCUCUACCUCAACGACCUGCAAACCAGCCAGGGCGCCAUUCUCUUUGGCGGUGUCGACACCGACAAAUUCCACGACGGCCUCGCCACUCUGCCCCUUCAGCCGCUGCCCGCGAAUGUUGCCACGACCCAGGAAAUUGUCAUGUACAACGUUCAGUUGAAUGGAUUCACAGCAUCCGGCGUUGAUACCCCUGCCGUCAAUGGCAGCGCAAUUCUGGACUCUGGCUCAACGCUCACUCUCCUUCCAGAUGCUGUCGCACAGAGCCUCUGGAAGAAAUACGGUGUCAUCAACCUCCAAGGCCUCCCCAUUCCUUUUGUUGAUUGCGGCAAGGCGAACACCAAGGAUGCGACCUUCAACUUCAAGUUCACCAACAAGACGAUCAAAGUGCCCAUUGAUGAAAUGGUCAUCAACAAUCUCGCCUCGAUUCAAGGCGAAAUCAUGUCAGAUCCCACUUUGAGCAGCUUGUUCAAGGGGUGGAGCGGAGUUUGCACGUUUGGCAUCAGUUCAACAAGAAACUACGGUAUCCGCACGGACAACUUCAUCUUGCUAGGUGACACCUUUUUGCGGUCUGCGUAUGUCGUCUACGACUUGCAGAACAAGCAGAUUGGCAUUGCCCAGGCGACUCUCAACUCAACGACCAGCAGCAUCGUCGAGUUCCAGAAGGGUUCAAAGACAAUUCCUGGCCCUGUUUCCACUGGCGCCGAUGAUUCAGGCUCUGCCGGCUCCGCGAUAUAUCCUACUUUCUCGAUUGCUCUUGCGGGCACCGUUUUCACAGCUCUUUCCAUGAUGCUGAGUGCUCUGUAGAGGCCAAACAGCUACGGGAAAGGGUUAACGUCAUGGUAAUGUUCUUUUAUUUUUCACAAGACAACUGGGGUAUAAUAUGAUGGUGAGAAAACAUAUGGGAUAAGGGGAUAAUUGCGAAUAUACGAGCUAUCAGAUUUAAUGUAAGGUUACGAAACGGCCAAGGGGAUAUACUGUAGCGACGAUUUGGGGGUUUUGGGUAUAAACAAGCAAGUCAAUCACAUGAAAUAUACGAGCGAGAUUACUGGCACAGACAAGCCAUGUCGAAGCAUAUAGCACCCAUAAUUUGUCCUUGGACAUUGAC